CAGCGCUUCAGCGCGCCCUGCAGGCCGUCCCACGGCUCUCACAUGCACACCCAGGGCCCUUAACAGCUUGGCUAGUGUCGGAGCCAACCAACGAGAUGGCAGGAGGCAGCCACACCAUCUCGGCAUGUUGUACAGGCCUGUCCGUGAGUUGGGCGGCCAGCGGUGCAGCGAGACGGCCGCGCUCUGCCGGCCGAAACGUUUGCAGCACUUGCCCCCUGGCUUCUUCUGCUGACGUCCGCCAGGGCCUCACAGCUGCGGCCCCUGGUGCGAGUCGCCGCUUGCCAGCCGCUGCGACGCACCGCCGCCCGCUGUCUCGGCCAGGCGCCUUCUGCCCCGACUUUCGGGCCAGCCCCACAUACGCGCCAGACCCCGAGGAAGCGGUUUCUUACAAGUACCGAGGCCUGCCGCCUCCUGCGCUGCACCAGGCCUUCUGUGCUGAGCACCCUGGGCUGCUGGAGGCUGUGGCGGGCGCCGCACAGGGCAUGGCGCCCGCCACCGCGGCCCAGCUGCUGCGCAUGCUCCAGGCAGAGCUGCCGCCUGCCCUGAAUGAUGUGGCGCCAGGCGGCGACUGCGUGCUUGUGGCCAUCACCCCUGGGCUGCUGCCCCUGCUGGAGCGCGCCGGCGACUGCUGCGAAGCGUCCCUGCGGGGUGGCGAGCUGGCGCUGGCUGCCGCCGCCGCCCGCGCCGCCCUCUCCCUCCUCUCCUGCCUGCGCUUUGGCUGCGGCGAGUCGGCGGCGCCAUACGCGGCCGUGGCGGUGCGCUGCAAGCAGGCGCUCAAGGCUGCCUAUGAUGCCGGCGCAAUCAUUGCCCAGGAGGACGUUGUGGAGUUGGAGGCAGCGUGUGCCCGCGCCAGCAGCUGGCUGUGGCUCACUCCCUACGCCGGACAGCGCUAUGCCAGCGCAGUGGGUGUGUUUGUGUCCUCUGGCUGGGCCAGCGCCGAGCUGGCUGUGCGGUAUGCCGAGGCUUACUCGCGGCUGCUGACCUGCGGCCGGUACCAAGCAGUGGAGCACAAGUAUGUACGUGUGGUGCGCGCCGCAAUGGGACACCGCCUGAGCCUGGAGCAAACGGAGCGGCUGCUGUCGGCUGCCCAGAGGCUGCCAGUUGAGAUGUCCAUUGCCCUCGCGCUGCAAGCCCGCUCCCAGCCGGCAGCAGACUGGCACAGCCAGCUGCUGCGCAUGCACCAGGAGAGGGAGCAGGAGCGGCUGCAACGCCGCCGCCUGCAGCACACGCUAGCCAAUCGCUCCGCA